AUGUCCAAUUUGGAGGAGAUAAAACUUGCCAUCUGCUCUUCGUUACCUUUUCUCUCUGAUGAAACGUUACAAAAAUUGAUGCAUGGUCUUACUGCCGUUGGAGUUGAGACAAAAGCUGACCUCCUCUAUGUGAAGGAAGAAGACCUUUUGGAAUAUCUCAGACCAAUUCAAUGUCGCAAACUACUAGAUGCAUGGAAAAAUAAAGAACAAGACCGCUGCUUGAGAGCCCCACAUCCAUCAAGUCAAGUUCUUUCAGAUACUCUGGGCCCAGGAUCAGCAAGUCCUUCUAGCUGUACAUCAUCAUCUUGCUCUUCUCAAAGUUCUUCUGCUUCAUCUUCUGCAUCCUCUUCCUGGCCUGAAACAUUUAAGGUGCCUUUGGAAGUUAUGCCAUCUGGAAUAAAAUUGGCAAUCGCAAAUAAGAAAAGACCAUCUCCAGCUGAUCGAAGGCACCUGGUAAGGGUGUUAGUUGAUUGCAUGCGAAAACAUGAAGUUAACCCAUCAAGGGCACAGUGCCAGAUUGUUGUCCAGAACAUUAUCAAACAGUAUCCAGACAGCUUUGCUGAUAUUCUGGCUGACGGUACAAAAAUAGGUAGCGGGUAUGCCUCUUUGCUCUUACAAGUUAAAACUCGUGUUGAACAUGUUAACAGAAACAACACUUUAGCUCGUCGGAGAAAAGAACGAUUGCGGCCAUCAUGUGGAACCAUUUGCCAGAGCCCAAGAAGACCGGCUGAUCAAUAUGGCUGUGUCAGAUGGCAGGCACAGGAGCUUCCUGAAGGAGAAAAUGACGACUCCCUAGAAGAAAAGCGUAAGCAAAUGUUACAGCUUCAUUCCACUGAAGGUUCCUCUGGAGCCACUAGAGGAGAACUUUACAAGUUGAUGGAGGUCACAUAUUACCGUCAGCGCCGUGAUAUAAAUGCCAAUCCACCUCUGCCAGUGUCUGAAGUAAAGAAAUCCUGGCCUUACCUGUUUUGUCUUAAGGGGAUGUUUUUGCACUUCCAUUUGCUUACCGACAUUGCAUUACUCCAGAGAAUCAUGGAGAGCAUUGAAGGGAAAGGAAAGAGGAUUCUGAGAUUUUUUCAGGAAAAGCCAACAAACGAUGACGUGCGUGCUGUUCUGUCAAAGUAUACAGAUGAAAAUUCCCUGGUCCUGUGUCUCCUGCACCUCUUAAUGGCCCAUUUUAAAGAGAAAUCAGAGUUCCUUCUAAUUGAAGCUGACGUAGCAGCAACUGCAGCCGACAUGGAGAGGGGUGGAUUACCGGAUUCACCCACACUGAUCAUCCAAGGUGAAUCAAUGAGCCCAAACAAAUGGAUGUUGGCAGUUGAAAGGGAAGUUGUCCUGGGGCCAUGUUCAGAGGCAAUUGUUGAGGGUCUGGCAGCAUUGUUUUCGACCUAUUACAACUUAAACCUGGCUUAUCAGACUGAAGCUGCGUGUACACUUGAAUUUGUUCAGAGAGGAAUUGUGGGCAUCAAUCCGGAAACUGGAUCAAAAGUUGCUGCUGGAAAGCGAGACAAUAAACGGCACGGAAUGAACCCAAAUGUAUGCACACUGCUAAGAAAACUGAUGGACUUUGAAUGGCUUGCCAGUUAAUUGCAAUGGAACUGAAUAAGAGUCAACAUUUUCAAGUUUGUGGUUCAUUUAAAGUUCAUGUACAUGCAAAUUUAAAGGUAGGCACAGUUAAAAUAAUUUCUUAUGUAUUUGUUUAAAAAGUUUAUGACUGAAGUUCAGUCACUAGUCUAUGUAAUGUGUUCUUUUGUGAUGCUUUAAAUGCUGCUGUUUUUAGUGGUAUCUGCAUUGUUGCAGAAGAAAGUGUUUAAGGCUAAUGCCUUAUUUUGCAAUCUUUAUUGUUGCAGAAGAAAGUAGUUUCUUGUAAUUCCAAGGCUAAUGCCUUAUUUUGCAAUCUGCACUGUUGCAGAAGCAAUUAGUUUGUUGUAUUUCCAAGUUUAUGACUGAAGUUCAGUCACUAGUCUAUGUAAUGUGUUCUUUUGUAAUGCUUUAAAUGCUGCUGUUUUUAGUGGUAUCUGCAUUGUUGCAGAAGAAAGUUUUCCAAGGCUAAAGCCUUAUUUUGCAAUCUGUAUUGUUGCAGAAGAAAGUAGUUUCUUGUAAUUUUGCAGUCUGCAUUGUUUUCGAAAGUUGUGUAAACUAGUCCUUAAUGUAAUGAAAAGUUGCACAAUAAAUGCAUUUGGCUACAUCUAUGAUAUCCUGUUAUUUUACAUUACAUUACAUUAAA